CGAGCGCAGAAACAAUCCCCCAACCCCCCCAUGAGUAUAUUUUUUUAAUACUUUGUGGGGGAAAAACUGUCAACCAUAUCCAAAGUGCAGGACCAAAGACAUCUAAAUAAUGUAUGCUUUUGUUAGAUUUUUUGAAGACGACAUGUGCUACGCAUUACCCGUUUCAGCCAUCGAAGAUUUCAGACCUCUGCAAAGAACUGAUUUUGAUCAUCAGAAGGUGUAUCUGGUUCACAGAGCUGGAGAGAAUGGCUGCGCAGGCCAGCCGUGCGAAGCACAGAUCCUUGCCCUUGCAGAUACAGUAGAUGAAUUUGAAGAUAGUAUUACACAAAAGAAGAUGAAAAUUCCCAAGAUGUCCAUCAGGAAUUCAGGAAAGUCUAUCGAGAAUAAUUUUGGAGAGGAGAGAUUACCACUGAGGCAUAAAAAGGCCCUGUCUCAUGACCAUGGGAAGCCUCUCUCUAACUCCUCUAAGAGCCUUGCAGCAGUAGUGGCUCGCCUUGAGAGAAAUGCAGCCAAUUCCUAUAUGGAAGGUGAGGAGGACUUGGAUGAGGACCGGUUGGCGGAGGAGGGAGAGGAUGCAGAUGAUGAAGAGGAAGAAAUGGAGGCAGAGCAUGGGCAACGUCAUCAUCAUCAGCAGCAACAUUUGGAGGUGGACACGCAUUGUGUGUCAGAGGUCGUGGCGGCCGUUGUUCCAAGGGUUUUGUAUGAGGAGCUGGUUCACAGCUACAGGCAACAGGAGGAGGAGAUGAGGAGACUGCAGCAGGAGCUGGAGAGAACCCGCAGACAGCUGGUGCAGCAGGCCAAGAAGCUAAAAGAAUACGGCAGCUUGCUGACAGAAGUUAAAGAACUGAGAGACUUCAACAGGAGGCUGCAGGAUGUACUCCUCAUGAGACUGGGCAGCGAGCCUAUGCAUGACAAUGGCACUCAGACAAUCAAGGCUGAAGUGGUGGAACCUAUAGUUGAGGCCCAGGAGACAUGCAGGGAAGAAGCAAACACAAGUUCAAGUUACUCGCCUUCACCCAGAACCGUGUACACCUGCAAUGAUGGGAAGGUACAUCUUGGUGGUGGAAUCUGGGUGGAGGAAGAGAAAUGGCACCAGCUUCAGAGGACACAGGGAGACUCCAAGUUCACAAAGAACCUCGCUGUGAUGAUCUGGGGAACUGAAACCCUUAAAAACCGUAGUGUCACAGGAGUUGCCACCAAAAAGAAGAAAGACGCUCUGCCCAAGCCUCCACUGUCACCCAGCAAACUGAAAAUUGUAAGAGAGUGUCUCUACGACAGAGUGUCUCAAGAAACAGCCGACAGCGCUGAGAUCACGCAAAGAUUGUCCAAAGUGAACAAAUAUAUCUGUGAAAAGAUUAUGGACAUCAACAAGUCCAUCAAGAAUGAGGAGCGGCGGGAGUCAAAGCUGCUAAUCAGACAGACGGUCAAGAUGGAGAACUUCACCUAUGAUGGCAUAUAGUGAUCAACUGUCACGUCAGCGCCUUCUGCCCCGCGUGGUCUGCAGCAUAUUUAGGGGACUUGGUACGGGUGGGUUGGGGAAUGGGGUCACUGUUCUAGAAGCGGUCACAUUUCUUUCACACAGGUCCCAUCCCACCUCCCUUUAGGGCCAGCGUCACAUUUAUCAUUUCUUUCAUUGGCUGCCAGACAGCUUUACCCACCAGUACAUAAAAAAGUUGGAUAUGAGCUAGAGUGAGUGUUUUAUAAGCUUUACCAAUGCAUGGGUACAGAAAUGUGUGCAUAUGUGUCAAAAGAGAUUAGAUAUGAUGCUGAUUUAUGUUCUGUGUCAGAACAUCCUUUCCAGUCCUGGAACUUUUAAAAAGUAAGAGGUGAUUCCUGUAGGUAGGUCUUCUGAUGCUGUAUAAUCGACCAUGCUAGCUAAUGUUGGGUCUUAGACUGUUGGUGGUUUGACUGUUGGUACUAAUUGCGUUGAAUGGGACGUCAGGGUCUUGAAUGCACAAGUCUUAAUUAUUAACAGCCAUAUAUGAUGGGUUGCUCCAAGAGAUUAUCUUUGAAUGUGUGCUGUCUGUCAACUCCUUAACACAUCUGCCCAUGAGGGGGCUUAGUGAGGGUUGGAAAGAAUGACUCCAAAUUAUGAGUCAGUUAUGCUUUAGUUGAUGUGUUUUAUGUAUUUAUUUUUUUAGUGAUCUUAUCAACCAUUAAUGUAAGAACCCAUAAAAAGAUGAUACAAAUCCCAAUUUCCUGAGCACUAUAAGUUAUAAAUGAAUAAACAUUGAACUGCAGGUUCUUUGAUAGACAUGAUUGUUUUGAAUCUGAUAUAAAAUGAAGCAAUUAUUAGAUCUAUGUCCCUAGCCUGUAUCUAAUAAAAGAAAAAAGUCAGAUUGAUAGAUUUAAAGACCAAUAGUAGGGGGUCUUAGUCUUGGUGCAUUUAAUGAGUAGGCAGAAAAAUCCGAUUUUUUAGUCUUGGACCAUGGAAAUGCAUAAAAAGUAGUCAGUUCUGUUUCACAGCUAAUGGAAUUGAGCUUCUCUGAUCUAAUUGAAUUAGUCUCAGUCUUAGUCAUUUAAAUAAACUUAACUAUAGAGCUGUUACUGGCAUGUUGAUGCCUUUAAAAAGGCCUAAAAUGGAUUUGGCAAUCUCCUGGGACAUAAUGUAUCUUACAAGAGUACAUUCCUUCCAUAUUUUUAAAAGCUUUAUUAUAUAUCUUUUAUGAAAAGAUAUGUUGAGACAUAAAAAAAAGGUUUGUGCUCACUUUUGUCGAUUACGGUCUUCGUCCUUUUUUCUUUUUUUUCAUUUUAGGAAGCUGUGAUUGUAAAUGUUUUAAGCUGAAGUGAUGAAACUUCAUCUGCACUUUGCUGGGUAAAUGUAAAAUGUGGCCAGGUACUAUUUUAAUGUUUGUUUAAUGGUUUGCCCCAUUCGAUACAUAUAAACGGGACUAGCAUAGAGGUGAAAAUCAGCUCUUUAAGUCCAGCUCAUCUUGCUGUUAAAGCAUUGUUAGUAGUGGGUAAAGCUGUCUGUCGCAAUAUUUUUCUUUCCUCUUCUAAAGGUUGUUUGCCCCUGCUGAACCUCAUCCAAACCCUCUCUUCUUUUAGUCACACCACUGGGGAAAAUAGUAAGGUUGCUCCAGUGACAAUUUCCUCCGAGCUAUGCCAUCAAAAGUUUUAAAAUGCUCUUUCAUCUUUUAAGGGUUAUUUUUUUGUUGUUGUUUUUUUUAUAUAUAUAUAUAGGAUUUCUCUCUACUGUUAUAUUGUUUUGAUCUGAAACGGUUUGUGUGGCUGUCUGCAGGCUGGAACUAAACGCUGCAGAUUGAAAUCUCGACUGUGACCUAGCUGUGGCUAACUGUGAAUCUGCUGUAGAGCUGCCCAUCAAACCUCUCCUUCUUCUCUCUUGUAAUUCCUGGAUGUGUCAGUUUAUAUUUCCCCAUUUUCUUUUGUUUGCUUGACUUGGUUUAUGUCAUACCAGAACUUCAUAGCAGCCUUUCGUUAAGCUAUGUUUCUUGUUCUGAGAUAGCAUUGAAAGAAAUAUGCAUAUUUGUCCAGAAAGUUGGUGACAUAACUGGGUUUGUCAGAUCAGUUUCAAGUUAUGAAUCUGCUAAUUUCCUGCAGUGUUUUCCAUAUUACGGUAUGUGAGUUCCUUUUAUUUCUUAUCCAAGCUCUUUCCUUUUUUUUUUCUUUUUUUUUUGUGUGUUUUUAAUAACUUUUAUGAACUGUUGGCUUUAAGCUACAUACUCAUUAGUUGAGUUUACAAACAGUAAUUUAAUCCACCUCACUCUUAGCCAAAGUUAUCCCACAGGAAUAAGAUGGAGAAAGAGUUUCCUUUACUGUCUUCAGCCUGUAUAUUGCAAUCUCAACACAUGAUAUUUGGUUAACCUUACUUUAAAAUCAUUCAAAAUCUAUAAUCUUAAACCGUUGGGCUCUUAUUUAGAUGCAGUAAUGAUCAAUUCAUAUCUAUUACAUCAAAUGCACUUUAAAUUGUUCUGCAAUUUCUUCUGUUUUAAACAGUUGUUUGUUGCAAUAGUUCUUAUUGAUUAUAGGGCCAUGUUGUCAUUUUAUUUUUUUUCUUCAUGAAGCACCUUAUGAUGUUUUGAUUUAUAUUUUUUUUAUUAUUAAUAUUAGAACAACACAUAGUUAUUUGAAUGCCUCUGACAAGCUAGUCCCAUAAUAAGCUUGGUAAGUUUAAUAUAUAAGACUUAUGUCUGCAGAUUGUUAAAAAGUAACAUAAAGAAACUGGAAUUGACCACUUUAUUAUUGCCUCCCGGACAUUCAUCUGCCACCUUAGCAAACUGGAAAGCAACAAACAGUUCAGUUUAAAAAAAAAAAUGGAAUAACCAGUUUAAAGACUUUACCUCUGAAAAUGUUUAAGAUGACUGGAAAUUCCGUUUUAGUUGAAACCUCUAGAAUUCAAAUGGAGUAUUUUUUUAACAAAUGAGUUUUAACUGUGAGGAUGAAAUGAUAAAGCUGAAAAAAUGUUGGAUGCAGACUGAGGAAUCCGCUGGGGUUGCACAAAGAAAUGGCCAAUGCAAAAGUAUUGGAGCGUCAUGAAUAACAAAAGUCACCUAAAUGUGAUGAUAAUGUCAUUUUUUUUUUCUUUGUAAACCGGUCCCCUUGUUUUUCUUUUUCUUUUUUAAUUCUCUGUACAAAGAUAAAGCCCACAUGUUCGAGCAUGUAUUGCAAUUUGAAAGAAAAAAAAAAAAGCUUUCUGCUGUGCAAAGCCACGUUACUGAAAUUCAGAUGCAUUGUUGUUUAUUGUUUAUCGGGUUGUUAUUCUUUUUUGGUGUUCGAUGCCAAAAGGGUGUGGUGGUGGUGAUGCUUAAAGAGAGCAUUUAUACAGCCAUUACAUCAUCGUGUUGAAAGGCUGGUUUCUUAGAGUGAGACUGAGACCUAUAAUCCCUUAACUAAAACCAUCUUCACUAAAUGAAAGCUGUGCUGUCGCAGAUUUAGCCUAAUCUGCGACUACAGACGGAGCCGAUCUAUCAAGACGGUUGCAGGAGUUUUGGCAGCCAAUUCGUGUAAAUGAAAACUUGGGAUAGUGUGCAAGUCUGGCUCAGUUACACCACACCACAGCAGUAACCAUGGAUGAACCCCGCCGGAUAUGAUCCUCUUCUUGUGCCACUUCGUGAUCCUUACUCUCCUGCUUUAUGGCUUACGCUUUAAAUACCUGUUAAAGUUCCACGGGACAAUGGAGCUUUUUUUUUUCUUACUUUUUCAGUUUGACUGAAACAAGAUGUUGAACAAGGUGGAUACCAUGUAGUUUUCAGAGCCAUUCUAUGUACCAGACGCAUUACUGUUUAAGUCUCAGACACAUUGUAAAAAAAAACAAAACAAAAAAAAGGAGAUGUACAACGUUAGGCAUAUAUUUUUCUUAAAAAUAUCAGUAACUUUGUAUACAAUCCACAAACCUGGUUCUACUUCAUCCAACUUCACCUUCCUACCUCAUUGUUACUCUGGUGUUUGUCCGUUAAUGUAAACUAUAUGUGUGUAUAAUAUAAAGGAAAUUAUAGGAAACGGUAAAACUGACAGCUCUCAACAUGUACAGCAUAUAAAGCACCUCAAUACACAAAAAUCAUUCUUAAGCUAAAUCAGUUUUCUUAUCUGCUUAAAGAUGCUGCUGUAAAGGGGAUUACUGUGUGAGGGGGUUGUCUGAAUAUAUGAAUAUAUAUCUUCGCUCUUUGCUAUAUUGUGCAGUUGAUCAAUUGCUGUGUUCUGUCUCUGUAUUGCAAUCUGAGAUUUUUACUGGUUGACGGUGCUACCAGCAUACGGUUUGAGAGAAAAAAAAAAACUGAUCUACCGGACCUCAAAUGGUGCUGUUUUUCUAUGUUUUUAAUCGUCAUACAGCUCUGUGUUAUUCAGGUGUGUUAACCGCCGCUAUCCCCUCAACUAAUCAAAACCCUGAAGCCAAAAUGUUUUCCGCAAGGCCUGCUAUUACAGAUUUGAAAAUAUAUGCUAUCCAUCCAAAUAUUGUAGAUAAUGAUUAUACUCUGUUUCAGAAGUACCUCAGAAGUUGGUGAUUUUAAAGUGCGUGCAUCUGCUUCUUUUAAUGUGUUUUCAGAAAUAUGCAUUCUUUUACUGCUUAGAUCAGGUUUUCAAAUCAGAUGGUACAUGGUUAAGGGAGCAGUGUGAACUUACGCAGAGCCAUAUUCCAUUUGGGUUGACCUUGCUUUGUAGAUCAGGGUCCAUUUGUAGUCCAGGUUAAUACCACACCCAUAUCAGCAGAUAUUAGGAAUGUGUGAAAUAAAAGGAAUACGGGGCUUUCUUAAACUUGCUUACUCAGUUGAAUCAGUUUAUUUUCCUCUUGGUAUUUUCUGUGUGUCUCUAAAUGCUAUCCUUCAGUUUUAUAUCUGGGUUUUGUUUUCGCAGGAAGUGCAUUGCAUCCUUUCAUAUCCUGUCCCCUAGCCCCUACGCUUCAGUAUUUGUUUUCUGCACCUCUGUGUGAGACACGUUAGUAGGUGUUCUCUUUCUGUCUUCUUAAACCCAACUUUUGUCAUACUGACGCCUCUCUACUGUGAGUAAUGUGUGUUUAGACACAGCAGCUGGUUUUUGAGGAAGCACUUUUAAGCCAUUUUUUGAACUGUUUUUGUAACAGUUAGCUGUGAGCUUUUCUCCGUCUGAAUUGAGCCCAGAGAGUCGUGUUUGUAGAUCCUAUGCAGGUGUAGAAAAACUAACCUGGUAACACGUCACUGUUGGAUGGAGGGAGAACCUCAGAGAUAUAUAGCAGGAGAUAACUGUGUCUGCUCAGCCUUGAGGUUUAGUUAAACAGGACAAUGGCGAUAUGACAAAUCUGUACUUAACUAUUAUUAUGUUUUAAGCUCUUUGAAUUAAACUGAGCUAAAACAGGGCUGCUUGGUAGAAAUGAAUGCAUUGCAGUUAUAGUUGGGGAAAGACAGGGUUUCUACUUCAUGGAUUUUUUAUUUUUUUUUGGUAUAAUGUGAAAAGAUCUCAAGACUAUUGCAGUAAACACUUCCUUUAUCCUUCUGUAGCCUCCCAGUGGCAAACCACAUUUACAGAAAACCUUAGAAGUAUAAACGAUAGAGUGUACAUGUCGUCGCUAAACCAGCCACACCUCUGCUAUGCGAGCAAACUCUUUGACGCUUAGCAUCCUGUUCUGUGUUUUUUCUCUUGCUGCAUUCAGGAACACCUGUUUAAAUGUAUAGAUAAACAGAAAUAAAACAAAACGUUUAUUCUAUCAGCACA